CAUUUGUUCCCUCAGGAUCCUUGAGCCCAUGUGCACCAUUAGUUUGGAAUCAGUGUUUUCCAACAUCCCUAGGUGGAUCCUCCAUAUCCACCAAUCCGGUUAAAGCGCCGGACACUUUUCGUGUUUCAACUAUGAAAAUUUAUUGUGAUUGUAAUCAUCAACGUGACUUCAACAAACAAAAUUUUACAUUAUAAUUUUUUUAGAAACUGGGGCUGAAUAAACUUUUGCCUAAAAAAGUGAGUCUUCGCAGUGCAUUAAUUCAAUCCUUUUAUAAAACUUUGUUUUCAGUGUCAUUUAUGAAACUGAUUUUCACCGAAUCCAUUGGCGUAAAUAAAGAUUGGAUUUCUUAAGCCUGACUCUUACGUAUUUGAAUUUGAACGAGAUUUCUUUGUAGUAUAUAAAUGAACUUGCUAGAAUAUGUAUUAAUAACCCUAGUCCGGUAUCAACUCUGAAUUUCUUCAAUCAGUCAUACGCAACGUAGAAUCUAUUGUAGUGAACGAGAACUCUGGUAGGGAAAACCAAUUGUUUAAUACAAAAUCACGGAGUUCUUUCGUAAAAUAUGAAAACCAUACAUGAAAUACUUCAUUUGCAAAUCCUCCAUCAAUUGUCUCAAACUUCAUCGUCCCGUCAUUGCUAUUACAAUUACUCUGUGUUUACAUCCCCAUUCUCUUCUAUUCGACCUUCUGCUACCACGCGUUCCACUUAUGAUUAGUGUUGCAUAUUACAUAUGUCGACCGACAUGCCCUGCCAAAAAGUGAGCAAGAACAUAUCCAGAAAGGUGUUAUUGAACCAUUAAAUUUCUCAGAAUGAGCUGCAUCAAUAGUCAUGGUAAAAAAUCCAAUUGCAGCAUCCUUUUGUGAGCCUAUUGCUGAACUGUGCUCAGAGAAGUUUUAGAAGUCCAUCGGCGCAUCACUUACCUUUGUUGGAAGAUCUUUUCUCCAAGCUAGGUAGAGGUAAAUUUUCUCAAACUUUGAUCUGUCAGAAACUUACCUACAAAUUCCAGUAGCUGUAGAAUACAGAGAAUUUCUAGUCAAUAAUACGCACAAGGUUCAUUCCGAUAUAACCGAUCCUUUCAGAGUGAAAGACACACCCUCUAUAUUCCACCUAAUGAUAGACAUCAUGUUAUAGGAUACCUCAGGUGCUGCAGUUUAUUUAGAUGAUAUUAUAAUCAUAGCAACAAAUUAAAUGCAUUUUGAGAUGAAAUUUGAUCUGAUGCUUUCAUGUAUAGCUGAAUAUAUCUUCCUUUUUCGUGCAUAAAAGUGGAAUAUUUGCAUGUAACGUUUACGGUUUGUAGGUUUCAUAAACACGAAAGAAUAUCAAACGCAGCUAAUAUUAAAGGAAUGAAAAUCAUGUUUGGACAAACAGACGUUCCUUUGCUAUGGGAAUUUUCGGGAUUGGGUAGUCACUGUAGAACAUCCAUCUCUGGUCUUUACAUGCUUUGAAUUACGGUAUGAGAUCAGUUAUCCUACACAUCUGCACCAGCAGAUUUGUAAAAGCAAUCGCAUGUACUCAGAUAUAUAUAUAUAUAUAUAUAUAUAUAUAUAUAUAUAUAUAUAUAUAUAUAUAUAUGUAUUACCUAUUGACAGCAUAUUAAAUACAACAGUUCCUUUUCAGUCAGUCAGUCAGUCAGUCAGUCAGUCAGCUACAACGUAGGACCAGGCACAUAUGUGCAUCGGUCCAGGUUGCCAUACCUCAUUAAUACAACAAGAUGGACACCGGAUUCAUAAAAGUAGUUAAUUCAGAGGUGGUAAUAUAUAAAAGAAAGAUUGCAAUAAGGAUAUAGUACAGGAAGAAAGAAUUAGUUCGUAGAAAGAAAGAUAUGAAGUGAUUUUAAUCUCUUAGUUUAAGGGAAGACGGGGAGUGUACACACCGACACCAUUGUGAUCGAUUCUGAGCCAUGUCACCAAGAGUCUUCAACCAUUGGUUACGACAGUCACGCGGACCCCAACCAAGUAGUCUGCAUCUACCAACAUGGCUCAGACUAGAAGUUAGUGACUUCAAGCACUGAUGCCACGUUUUGGUUUGGCCGCCCCUUACUUUCUUCCAACCAUCUCCAACACCGGUUAGCAUUGCACGUCGUGGUAAUCGGUGUUCAGGCAUACGUAACACGUGGCCCAACCAUCUCAGUCGAUGAAGAUUCAUAACCUUAUCAACUGAUUUACCAUCAUUUCCUAAUACCCUGCGUCUAACCUCACUAUUACUUACCCGAUGAUCCCAGCAGACGCCAGCAAUAUUUCUAAGAUAUCUGUGGUCAAAUACUAAUAGCUUACGAGUGUCUUCUACUCUUAAUGGCCAUGUUUCGCUGCCGUAAAUUAAAACAGAACGGACUGCCGCGCAGUAUACUCGUCCUUUUAUUGAUAGACGGAUAUCUCGCCUUCGCCAUAGGCAAAAGCCAAACAAGCUUUUCGAAUCCGUGCUGAGAUUUCGUCCGAUACCAACCCAUUAGGGCUGAUCAGACUUCCAAGAUAAGUGAAGUUGUCAACACGUUCGACUACUUCACUCCCUAUCCUUAGUUCAGGUGUUGACGCAGACCAGUCCUCAAGCAAAAACUUGCAUUUAGAGGGAGAGAAGCGCAUUCCAAACAUUCUGGCAUUGUUGCUUAGUGCUACCGAAAGACUCUACAUUUUAUCAGCGUCUUCACCAAACAGGACUAUAUCAUCUGUGUAUUCUAAGUCGAUAAGUGGACCUCCUGGUAGGAGAUCAAUACCCGAGAAUUCAAUCGACGAGAGUGUUAUUUCCAUCAAUAUGUCUAUGAUGAAGUUAAACAAAAAUGGGGAAAGUGGACAGCCUUGACAGACACCACUUGAUGUUGUAAAAGUAGAUGACAAUUCGCCAUAAGCUCUGACCCGACUAGUAGUGUUCAAGUGAAGAGCCUUUACAAGGUUUAUGUACUUCUGAGGUACGCGUUUCAAUCACAGACACUGCCACAGAAUCUCGCGGUCUACCGAGUCAAAUGCUGCUUUUAAGUCAAGAAAGACCACCAUUGUCGGAUGCUGAUAAGUAUGCCUGUGUUCUAGAACCUGACGAAUGGCGACCAGGUCUGAAGCCAGCUUGGUUCUCUCGUGUUUGCAAUUCAUGAGUCUUAGUUAGGCGUUUGAUAAUUAUCGAGGCUAGUAUUUUAGAUACUAUAUUAGUUAAACUAAUCCCUCUGUGGUUGUCACAGAAUGAUUUUGACCCUUUCUUAUAUAUUGGGACGAUAAGUGAUUGCGACUAGUCAGAUGGGAUAACGUCUAAUUCCCAGAUCUUAGCUAAAAUAUUAGUCAAACUAAUCGCUAAAAUUGAACCACCAUCCUUAUAGACCUCUGGGGCCAAUCCAUGUGGACCAACUGCCAUUCCUCGUUUCAGAUUAACUAUAGCCUUCUCAACCUCAGCAAGAGUUGGGAGACCUACUUCAAUGUUCCAUUCACAUUGUCUGGGAAUGGAUACCCUCUAGAGUAGCUGAAGGCCAGUUGAACUGUUCCCUAAAAUGUUCCGCCCAUCGUUCUAAACGUCUGGACUGGGAGCAGAUGAGUGUAUCGUCUUUUUCCUAAAUAAUCUCACUUACACUUGACUUAUUAAUUCCAGUUUCUUUUAUUAGUCUGUAGAGCUGUCUUGUGUUCCCUAUAGUCGCCGCCUUUUCCAUCUCUUUUGCUUUCGUUACCCACCACUGCUCACGGUCAUUCCUUAGACGUUUUCUUAACCUAGAUCUGAUUUGUUGUCGUUCUUCAUCAUGUUCGGAACCUGAUGGGACGAGUUUGCGAGAAUCCAUCAGUGUGAUAGACCUUGAAGAAAUCCACUGGUUCUUUGUAACCCUGUGGUUUAAAUCACUGAUAGAUGUCACUGCUGUUUCCACAGCUGUUUGUAUGUCUUUCCAAGCAACAUCUGGGUCAGCCUCGUCUUCAGAACUACCUAAGUGUGACCUCAGUUGUUCCUGGAACCUACUUUUGGUUUCCUCGCUACUCAGUUCGGUUCUAAUGGGUCUUUUUACUGAGGCUUUUUUGCGUCCAGUGAGGCGCAAGCAGAUGCGUGCCCGUAUUAGGGCGUGGUCGGAGUCCAAGCAGGUACUCCAGAAUGAGCGACAAUCUUCUACCGACCCUCUUCAACGACGACUGAUGGCAAUAUAGUCUACUUGAGUCCAUCGUUGGUUUGGUGUAGGGGGUCAUCGUGUUAGACGAUGUCUCUCCUUAUGCUUAAAAUUGGUGUUUGCUAAAAAUAAGCGAUUGUCUGAGCACAGUUGCAGCAGACGGUCACCAUUAUCUGUUCGCUGUGCCGGGAUGAUAAAAUAUCCUCGUAAAUGCCUUUCUGUUUGGUUUAAGCUACCUAUCUGAGCAAUAAAGUCACCCCCUACGAGUACUAUGUCUGAGCGUUUAGCUCUCUGAAGAAGUUCGGACAGCUUUCUGUGAAAUUCAUCUUUCACUUCAUCUGAGCUGCAGUCAGUAGGAGCGUAGGCAGAAACGACGAAAAGGCAACGACGUGUGUCCCUAUCAUUCUGAGUUCUUACGUAGCCGUUUAGCCGAACAGCACAUAGACGACUGUUGACGGGGAUCCACUCUAGCAGUGCUUGUUCGGCCCACAUGCUUAGUGCUAUGCCUACACCUGCCAGUCCAUGAGAACUGGCCAUCGGGUCGCCAGAUACACGGAGGGUGUAUCUCGUUGGCUCUCCGUUUUUCCGAGGUGAGGUCAAGUGAAUAACCACACUGGAAUCCUGUGUGCGUGUUUCGAAGACACAGCACACAUCAAUGGUAAGAGACUCUAGGGUUUUAGCCAAGGAAGCCUGCUGACCGAUUUGACAUAGGGUUCGUACGUUGAAGGCUCCAAUGUGUAGUUUGGAGCGAGGUUUCAGUAGACUUGGGACAGUGUUUUGAGCACUAGAAUCGUUGGCUAUGGUGACACUUGAGGAGGAAGCCGAAGGAGGAAAUUUAGAGUUGAAAGUCGAUAUGGGAGGAAUAAUAGGAAUUGAAGAGGGAGGUUGAUUAUGAAUACAGUGGUCUUGAGUGCUGUUAGAGGUAUGAGGGCGGUUAUCACUUCCCAGUUGCCCACACCGUGGAAGGGUUGUUCUAGAGGUACCUGUAAACGAAAUUGUAUUAAAGGUGGUCUUGGUGACCUGAGAGCGUGACCGCAGUGCCCAAGGAACAACUGCUUGAGGUCGGUCACACACGACCUUUUUAUGGUUAAUUUUUGUGUUAGCUCCGUACUUAUUGAGACCUUAUCGCCGAAGACGGAUAUCCGUGGGAUAAGUUUAGGUGUGCAUUUUUAGGGUCGACCUUUUCUAACCCCACCCCCCUUGUGGGAAGGCAGCAUCGCUGUCAUGCUGGUUGUCCGAAGCAAACCUUACUGCUGUCACACCUUUGUACAGUCAGCAGUACGACUUCACCUUCGGACUCUGAGUUUGUUGUUUCUAGACUUACCGCUCUUCAACCGACCUGUCUGACAUGGUAGGACCUUGAGGAACGGUUGUUCCAGCCAGUAUAGCUCGGUUGCUUCAUCACGAUAGGCAAGCCCGACCACCACGUCAAGGUGGCAACAACGGUCGGGACAGUUCCUUUUAUCCUGUAGUAAUUAAAUAUUAGUAAUCGAAAUGUUCAUAGAUUGUUAUGUUUUCCAACAAUCGAUGAUGGAAACAUGUAUCUUUACAUUAAAAAAAACAUUUUCAGUUAUUCCUUUUUCUUUUAAAAGAACCCGUUACCAACAGACCUUUAUAUGAUUUCCUACACUAGUGGAAGUACUGGUAAGCAUAUAUCUUGUACUGUAUUUCAAGUAACUGAAAUAUCGAUAUGCUCGUCAAUUUAAGUGUAUUUUUAACUUUACUGAUUAAAACGCCAGUGUUUCUAAAAAUUCUUUUUCUCGCUUAAACAUCAGUAAGGAAAUCAUGUCCUGUGCAGUCAUAACAAGCUAAGUGAUUCGUCUCAAGUAGAUUCCCUUUUUUAAGAAUAUCUAUCCCUAUUGGCAGAUAAAAUGACAAAUCACUGUAACAUCCUUUUCUGUCCGUAACUGUUUAACCAAUUAACUUUCACUCCAUAGAGUCCAGAAUUAGGUAAGUGCCUGAAUACAAAACAGCCGUCAGAACAAAGUGUAUAGAAAGCAAGUACAUAAAGUUGGCUGGUUGUUAGAGAAAUAAUCUGGUUAUGCAGGCUACCACCUUUUUGAAAGUGUAGAACUAAUUCAAUAGAAGUUGAUCGUUCUGUCUCUGUACUAACUGAAUUGUUUUAGAAGUCAAUCGAAGAUUUUUAGGUUACUAUUAUUUGAUUAUAGGCGUCUCCGAAGCAUUGCUUAUUUAUUUUGCGACUGCUGAGUGAAUCUCCAUCUACUGAGGCGAUUAAGACGUAUUAUGUAGGCCCAGCCACCACCUAGCUCGACAGAGGUAUUGUCUACGCUUGAGGUAAAUCGGAAGAAAGCUAGGAGUGGCCAAAUGAAGACAUGAUAUCAAUCCAUAAAGUCAUUGAUACUCAAGCAGUUUUGGUGGGAGGUUUGCCCAAAGGAGUUCUGAUUAGGCACAAAGAAUUUGCAUCUUCCGUAAUUGCACUUCAUGAAUCUUUUGAAUUCAAGAUGAUCAAUUCUAAUUCAGUACAUCUCUCAUAUCUCCCACUGCCACAUAUGAUGGAACAAGUAGCAAUGUCUUCUCAUAUUCUGAUGGGAGCUUGUUCGGGAUUUCUAACAGAAUCUAUUGAUGGUCUACUGGAUGAUGCUCAUAUUUUGAGACCAACUUUACUGGCUAUAGUUCCACGUGUACUUUCUCGUCUGUACACAAAAUAUCAAGGUGCAUUGGGUGAUUCCGUAGUAAAAAAUCAACUUUAUAAUUACAUAGUGAAGAAAAAAUUAGCUGAACAAAAACGGUAUAUUUUCUUGUUUUUCACAGAUAUUUUAGAAAAUCAAUACUCUAAAGCAUUCACGAUUGUGAAGACAGGGUUAUACUCAUUUAAAUUUUCACAAAAUCGAUCAAACUAAUACCGAUUGUAUAGAGUUUUCCAAGUGUGUUCUUUCUGAGUAACUAAAGAUAGACAGAUAGAUAGAUAGAUAGAGAGUGAAAACUGACCUAGUUGUAAUCUUGACUGUUUUCUUUUAUAUCAAUGUCGACUAAUAAACAAACGUAUAAAUAUGCUUUGAAUUAACUAUGAAUGAAAUGAAUUUUUUUAAAUAAAACAAAACAAAUAGAAUUCACUUUUGCAUAUUUCCAGUUUUCUCUUAGUACCAUUUAGAUGAUGAUAGUUUCAAAUAAAUAGAGCAUUUGGUAGAUUGUUAUUAAGAAAAAUAAUUCCCUGAAGAGGUAGCUUACACUGAGUUAUGAAAUGUCAGAAAAUUUAAAAAAAAUUAAUUUUUCUACUCAUUGAGAGAUUAUAAAUGACGAACAAAAACGUUCAACAGUGAACAUUAUCAGUAAACUAGGUUAUUUGUUUACAAAUAUUCUCCGAAAAUAUUUGAAUAGUUCAUUAUUUCCAUAAUUCAGUUAAGUGUUUACAAUGGUUGUUCACUAAGAAUCGGUCGUUCUCAUAUUUGUCUAGUCGCUAAUGCUCAUCAAAGUUUAUCGAAUAAGUUGCAAUGUGAUCGUCAGUCUAAGUAAAUCGAAAUCACAUACACUAUGUUUGAAGGUCAUUGGAACUAAAUACUGAACUUAAGUUUCGUGCCACGUGGCGCUCGUUAGCAUGGCGUACAUGUAACGUUGAAGUAACUGAUACCCCUGGUGGAGUUCGAACCCAGAUCAUUCAGUUUGAAAUGUUACCACUGAAAUAUUUGGCCUCCGAGUGACUGUCAGUCGCCUGACGUCAACUAGAUGCUUCUGUACUUUGGUGCGAUCUAAAUAAGUACAAUAAUAAAGUUCAUUUCCAAUCAUUUUAUAUUGAGAUAUUUCGAUUUUUUGUUUAGCAAUUGAAUACUCACCUAAUGAAUUGCUUAAAUCAAUAAUCUCUUUUCUACUUUGACUGGAAUAUUUCAUCUCACUUUUUUAGUGCAUAGAAUGUUUAUUAUCUGCGUUGUUGUCAAUCUGUUGCAGAAUCGAUGAUUUAUUGAGUUACGUAAAAGUUUUUUACUGAUCACAUCUAUCAAUAAGAAAGAGUGAAGCUAUUUACUGUCACCCGUUAUUUCCAUGUGCUAAAUUAGCUGGUUCAGUAAUAAUAAAUUCCAAGGUGUUCUUAUAUAGGCGUUUCGAAUCAAUGAUAACUUUGCAAUAUUGUGAACAAUCACUGUCACUAUUGCUUCAUAAAAUGAAAGACUUGGAAUUCACUCGGUCUGAUUUUGGUAUUACGUACUGCUUCACAGUUUGAUGUAGUUACUGUGUAUCAUCCGCUUUCUAAAAUUUCUGUCCAAUUAAGUUUGAGUUAUCAAAUAUUUGCUUCAUCAAACAAGAAAAUCAUACUUAUGAUAGGGAUAAUCUUGAGUUUCAUUAUUUGCAAAAAACGAAGAGCUCCCCGUCGAGUUAUAAUCGACUUAUUGAGAUUAGUUUACACUCCAAUAUAAAAUCGUAAAAAUUUACUGUAUCUGUAAAUAUUCAUUUUGACUCUAGCAUGGUAGGGUUAUUUAUUCCCAACAGCGAAUCUUGCAAAAUUAAAACUUUACUGUUGGUCAACUUGUAAGUAGUAAUCGAUUAUUUCCUUUUGAUCCUAGUGGAAAAUUUCAUCAUCGAAGCGUUGUGGACACAAUUUUGUUUGGUAAACUUAGGAAUAAAUUUGGCGGACGUGUGUGUUGCGUAGUAUCCGGGAGCGCCCCAUUGUCACCAGAACUCUCAAAGUUUGCACAUGCUGUAUUCAACCUGGUUUUUGAAGGGUAUGGAUCAACCGAAACAAUGGGAUGCGUCACUUUGUCAUCGGUCGGAGAGUACCGUUUAGGUACUGUCGGUGGUGUUGUUUAUGGUGUGGAACUGAAACUUGUGGAUGUCCCAGAUUUUGGUUUGGUUGCAUUACGUGAUGGAAGGGGCGAAGUAAGAUUUUAAAAAGUAUUGAAUAAUCAAGUUCAUUGACAUAUUCUGCUUAAUUGGGAAUACUUGGGCAAGCAAAUCUUUAUUUGAAUAACUUCAUCACCAGAGCAUUUACAGUUAUAAAUCCAUAAUCAUGACCAUCACAACGACCAAAAUGUAUCAAAAUACUCUCAUAUGGCCAACCGUAUAUACCCAUAGCCUUCUCGCGGUGGGGAUGUUGUUUACAAAAUUGAGAGAACUGUUUGAUGAGUUCGAAUGAUCUGCGUAGGGGGUGGGGUGGGAUGGAAAACCCUGAUUCUAAAACAAUAAUGGACAUGGGUUCCAAGAUCUUGAGGGAAAAUGACGUAUGAACCUAUUGUUGGUCAGUGGCUACCAUGAAACUACGUCUCCUACUGUUGCCCCAUUGCUUUGUGGAUUAUACUUCUAGGUCAAAGGCUCGAGGAGUGGCUGCCCAACGAAACUACCUGGUUUGGUUUGAGAACCCUAGCUCACAUAUAAAUUAAAUGAUGAUCAUGCCUGAAAUGACUACUAUGGCCUCCAACUUGAAACCGUCACAAACUGUAUCCACAAUUAUUUGGUAACAUUCGUCUAUAUUUUACAUUGCGUCACUUGUCUAUUCCUUUAUUUCUAUUUUGUGUAUCUCUAUGCUUCAACUGACCGUUGCUGCUACCUUGAAGUGGUAGUUGGGCUUGCUUAUCAUGAUGAUGAUGGCUGUGCUAGGUUUGAAGCUAUUACGAGUUCACUUAGUAUGUGAACGGAACAAAGACUUGUGAUCGUAGACCAAUAAUCUGGCUAUUUGAUGCGUCCCAGCCCCGCUAACUAGAGGAAGAAGUCCAAACUUGGAACGGGAAGUAUAUUCCGUAAGCCAGAAGCACGAGUGAAUAAUAACAGACACAGAUCAAACGUAUAUAUACAGCAUAAAACUGUCCUUGAGUAUCGUAGCAAAAAUAGCAUACUAAAAAUACACAACGUACCAACAGCGUUAAAGAUUCUCCCAAGUGGGAAAUACGACAUGAAGGUGAAAAUAGCGCUUUUGGCGCGAUAUCAAGGAAAUUUAAAUUUCCAAAAUAAAAUUACAAAAUAAAGGCAUUUAUUAAGUGACUUCUGGGGAUCUAACAUCCCCAACAGUCUGGAACAAUCGUUCCUCAAGGUCCUACCAUGCCAGGCAGAUCGGUCGAAGAGCGGUACGACUAAAAAGAGCGAACCCAAGACCCGAGGGCGAAGUCAUACUGCUGACUGUACAGUGGUGUGAUGAUAGUAGGGUGUCUCUCUCAAACAACCAGCAUAACAGCGACGUUGCCUUCUCACAAAGAAAGUAUGGGGUUAGAAAAAGCUAACACUAAAAACGCACACCUCGCCUUAUCUUAUGGAUAUCCGUCUCCGGCGAUAAGGUCUCGACAAGUACAGAGCUAACACGAAGAUUACUCAUAAAAAGGUCGUGUGUGACCGACCACAAGCAGAUGUCCCUUGGGCACUGUGGUCACUCUCUCAGGUCAUUAAGACCAUCUCUAAUCCAAUUUCCUUCUCAAGUACCUCCAGAACAACCCUUCCACGGUGUGGGCUGCCGGGAAGUGUCUCCAAGACACGCAUACAGGAUCCUAGUCUGGUCAUUCACUUGAACUCACCUUAUCAAAACGAGAAACCGACGAGAUACACCCUCCGUGUAUCUGGAGACUCGAUGGCUAGUUCUCGUGGACUGGUAGAUGUCUUUAUAACACUAAGUACGAAGGCAGAAUAAGCACUAUUAACGGUUGCCUAUGUGAUGUUCGGCUAAAUGGCUCAGUAAGAAUUCGGACACACGUCGUUGCCUUUUGGUCAUUUCUGCCUACGCUCCAACUGACUGUAGCCCAGAUGAAUUUUACAGAAAGUUUUCUGAACUUCUUCAAAAAGCUAAACGCUCAGAAACCGUACUCGUAGCAGGUGACUUUAAUGCCCAGAUAUAUAGCUUAAACUAAAUAGAAAGACAUUUAGGCGGGUAUUUCAGUAUUCCGGCUCAGCGAACAGGUCAUCUGCUGCAACUUUGCUCAGAUAAUCGUUUAUUUUUAGGAAGUACUCACUUUAAGCAUAAAGACAAACAUCGUCUAACAUGGAGGUCCACUUAUCGACUUAGAAUACACAGAUGAUAUAGUCCUGUUUUUUGAAGACGCUGGUUAAAUGCAGAGUCUACUAGUUGCACUAAGCAACAGUGCCAGAAUGUUUGGAAUGUGCUUCUCUCCCUCUAAAUGCAAGUUUUUGCUUGAGGACUGGUCUGCGUCAACACCUGAACUAAGGAUAGGGAGUGAAGUAGUCGAACGUGUUGACAACUUCACUUAUCUUGGAAGUCUGAUCAGCCCUAAUGGGUUGGUAUCGGACGAAAUCUCAGCAGGGAUUUGAAAAGCUCAUUUGGCUUUUGCCUCUCCGUCAUCCUUACCUACGCUUCGACAGAUUGCAACCCGGAUGCGAUCAUUAAUGAACUUUGCCACUAACUGUUCGAUUGAUGUUAUAGAGACUUGAGUGCUCAGGUCGGGCGUCUAGGCAGCGAUGAGAGUCAUCUAGGUGGCCGACGGAGACUUUUUGGUUGCAGGACGGAGAACAAUGACCGUCUACUGCAACUUCGCGGCACUAUAACCUGUUUCUGGCUAGCACUAACUAUCGGAAUAGUCAUCGACGAUGUGCUGUCUGGCGUCCUUCCUCUACAUCUGAAGCCUGGACUCAGAUUGAACAUAUCGGGAUCAGCCUCCGCUGGAGUAGUUGUAUUCAAAACUGCCUCUCUUUUUGGAGUACUUAUUUUGACUCCAAUAAUCCCCUUGCUGCGCCAAUCUUAUCUUACUUUUCAGUGGCCAACAAAUUCGUUUUCCUAAGUAGAUCGAUGUCAGGGAACUGGUUAUGUUUUCUGUUGCAACUAAAUAUCAAACUAAGCUAGGAUCAUGGCUAGCUAUCAACCCACUGAAAAUUAUAGAUGAGCAGUGGCUGCAAUUGCAUGACGCCAUGAAAACAACAAUAAUAAUAAUAACGUACAUCGAUUUACAAUUAGAAUAUUAAGCAACAGUUAAAAAAUUUGUAAACAAAGAAUAUUUUUAUUUGAAUGACUUCAUCACCAGAGCCUUUACUGUUAUAAAUCCAUAUAUAUGACAAUUACAAUGAUCAAAGUAUAGGAUAUAUAAAUGGGUGAAAAAAGAGCGGCAGGUAAGUAUUCUGUGUUUGGUGAUUUGUGUUGCUUGAAGAGUUGGAGGUUCUUGCGGAAAUGUAAACCGAAAUUCAACUCUAAAAAAGUUCAUUCGUGUUAAACUAAGAAAAACACAAUUGCGUCAUAAUUUGUUUUUUAGAUAUGUGCCAGAGGCGAUCACUGCAGCAAAGGUUAUUUCAAGGAUCCGGUAAAAACUGCCGAACUUAUUGAUAGUGAUGGUUGGAUUCAUACUGGGGAUAUUGGUGAAUGGACUGAAGAAGGUUCACUCAAAAUUGUGGACCGUGUAAAGAGUAUAUUCAAAUUAGCUCAAGGUGAAUAUAUUGCACCUGAAAAAAUAGAAAUGGCUUAUCAAACUUGCAAAUUAACAAGUCAAGUAUUUGUGGAUGGUAACAGUCAAAAAAAUUACCCAGUUGCGAUAGUAGUUCCAGAUUUUACUGAAUUGCGUUCCGCUUUAAGCAAUAGUAAGGUACUGCAGCAUCAUAAAAAACUUUUGGAUUCUGAACUUUGUCGAAAUGAAACUGUUAAUAAAUUCGUUUUGGAGGAAAUGAAUACUAUAGCGACACUAAAACUGUUGAAGGGUUUUGAAAAGGUCCAGGCAAUUUACUUGACAGACGAGGCGUUUACAAUAGACAAUGGCUUAUUGACUCCAACAAUGAAACUAUCACGUAAUAAGGCUCGAAAUUAUUUUUCAAAAACAAUAGUUAGUUUAUACACACAGCAUGAGCUUAAUUCUUCUUCAACUUAACAUUUGUGAUCAUUUUCAACUUACAAUGUGUACGUGUGAAAUGGGUUCGUUUGGAGAUAAUAUUCUCCAUAAGUUGCAUUCUAUGGACUAUUCUGAUUCCUCCAUCUAUUCCACAAGAAUUUCUUGCCUUAUUUAAUAGAAAACAUUAUGUAUUUGUUUAAAUAAUAUUGGAAACGUAUUUUACAGUGUAUCAUUUGUGAUGUCUACUCAUCUUGGCAACGCGCAUGAAUAAAUAAAUAAUUUCGUAUUUAUGACUAUUGUUUUCGACUUAUCUUUAUUUUUAUGCAUUAGGUUUCAUGAGGGAUUAGUAAAUACACGUCGAACUGAAGCGAUUACUAAAAUCCUUGUUAAAAUUAGUAUCAUCUGUCUUAAUUAGAUAAGACUUUCAUUGACUGAUCACUCAAUCCUAAUGGAAAUGAAUCUAUUGAAUUUGCGACAAAUCAUUCUUGUAACCAAACCUUUUUUUGUAUCCAAGUUAUGUGACUGAACUUAGGCAAGUGUAAGGAUAACUAACAUGGAACUACCAAAAAAAUUCCAUGAACUAAUCCAAGCGGUUGUUUCAUUACUCUGUACUGUGUUGGAUUUAUGGUCAACUAUGAUAUUAGUACUGCUCUAAUAGUAGGUCUAAUCACAACAUUGUAGAUUUCUCAUGAUAUAACUGCUUAAUCUAUAAAACCUUACGUGGAAGUUACAUCAUCGUCUACACCAACUCAUUUCAUCUUAACAAUCAUCAAUACAUGAUGAAGAACACACUUAAGCUAGAGAUAGGUCAAUGUAUUUAAUAUGGGUAAAAGGUAUAUAACAACAUCCAAGGAUAGCCACGCCUACAAGGCCGAGCCAUGCCAUCCGGUCGAUUCGAAUCCAUUCCAUUCAUUCCUCCCGCCUUCCCCAUCGCUGGGUUUUUCUCCGCAGUGGGAUAAUGAAUGUCUAGUUUCCAGCUGUCUAAUUUUCAGCUUUAAGGAUUGUGUGGUUUGGGCUCAAUGCCUCUACAAUUUGUUGAUAUUGUACAUGGUAUUGUUUUUGUAAGAUUCUAUCUCUUCUAUGCUGUUACCAAAGAGGCCACAAUACCUGAGUAUCAUGAUAGGGUAAUUCGAACAAGGUAUCAACCAAUACGUGUGAGUUGAACAUAGGCUAGGAGGUUAGGUCGUUCUCACUCAACUAUAUGAGACCGACCACCAACACAUUUGAUCUACAAGUCUUCAUGGAGAGUCAGGACGCGAUCAAGGCCGAGGGUUAACUUCAAGAUCAUCAGCACACAACAUGGAGUACCAAUCAAAGAAAGUAAAUGGGAUGUUGAAGGCUUGUGGUCUCUAUAAUCAGUGAAUUAGAUGAUCAACACUUUCGAGUACCCUGAGGCAUAUGUGCGUAUAAUUGGUGUUCAUUUACUAGAGUUCAGUUACUCUUUGUCGUCAAUGGGCUUGUGUCACAUAAAAUAACUGAAAGCAGACAGUGUUACGAGUCGGAAAGUAACGAUUGCUGAGUAUAUAUUCAUAUAGGGCUUCGCUUGAGACUCACCUAAUGAUCUACGUAACUACAUGGAGCAGGGGAAUCGGUCUCCAAUUGCAAAAUUUUGUCUUAUUAUCCCUUCAUACAUUACCGUGAUCACUCUGUACUUCCCGGCAGAAGUCAGUUUAACCCUGAAUACAGACCACUUGUAGAGAUUAGUGAGAUGGAGAUAAAGUAGAUCCGCACAUUCCUUCGUUAUUCUGAGUUGGCUUCCCCCGAUACAGCAGACGUAUGUGGUUUGAUGUGUAAGGCUCAAACCUCACGAUAAUUAGAUAAAAAAGGAGAAGAUUGGACGGGACUCAUUGAACAGAGAUAUUGUAGUGGCAUCGGCUCCUAAUCGCACGAUCUUUAAAGCCAAGCAUAUAAUUACUGGGAAUGUUUGCAUUCAACAUGCAACGACGAGGAACGUGGGAACAAUUGAUCGGUAGGGAACGGUUCAGGCUUGAAGGCGUGGUUAUCCUUGUGACAGGUCCCUAUUCACAUUAGAAUAUAUUCUAUCCCCAGCCCAAAUGUGUUCGUCAGAAGUGCUAGACAUUGUGUUGCUGAUUGCCACGACACAAUGAUGUGACUUCCAGUUACGAUCUUGUAGAUUAGGUAGUCACGUAAUGACAAAUCUACAAUUUUAGGAUCAGUUCUAUCAUAAUGAUAACAAAGAUAAAUGUUUUUAUACCGAACUAGACCAUAAUUCUACAAUAUAACAGACUAGGAGUAGUCGGAUCAGAAGUUCCUAUUUGGCAGCCUAGUGGGCGCGUUGCGGGAGCUGCGUAAUUUUGAAGAGAUUCUAUAUAUGAUACUCGGCGUUUUGUGCAGUCUCCUGACACAGUUGCAUGAAAACCUAUGACCACUAUCAAUUGACUCCUCAGUCAAAGAGGUCUGAAAAAAUUCAUUUUAGAGCUUCACUGAUACCUUGAAGAAUUAGUGAGGCUGGCACUUCUAAUGGUUUAUGGAAUACGCCAGUCAGAUCAGAGCCACGAGCACCUCUAACAUUGCAUUUUGAGUCAACUGGAUGAUGAGUUUCCUUACAAUCUGAGGGAGUUUGAUGAUUAAAGUUUAACUCCAACAUCCACAACAUCCUAUUUGUCACUAGAACCCGUUAGGAGAAACUUUACUGAUGAUAUUGUAGCGUGGGGUCGAGUUGAGAUUAACUGUGAACACCGCUACCAAGAAACACGUGCCAAAUAGAUCAGAAGGCGUAAGAAGCUCGUUCCAAAUGACUCCAUAAAAUCCCCGAGAAGCCGAAUACCAGAAGGCAAUUAAUGGACCAAGUCGAUGUUUAUUUGCUGGCGAUCUCGUGGCAUCGAAAGGAUACCGAGAUCGUGCCAGGAUACAAGCUUGGUUACAGAACGUAACCGAAUUCGCGCGAAGUUACAAUCGAAGUGUCAGUAUAAGAAUGGAAGCACAAAAUAGCUGUCAUUAGCACAGUCAAACAAAAGCACAUUAAAACAAACACUGGUACAGUUGGUUAUAAUAAUAAUUGUUUUUAUUAAACCAGUCGUGUUCUCGUGAUAAACGUGAGUCACUACAAUAUUUUUCAUGGUAACGCUGUUAAAAUACUUCAUAAAAUGUAAGUAGGGGAGGUUUAGUUUUUGAGCGAAAAGGAUACAGACUGUAUAAUAUUGAGAGAGGUAGUAAAAUGUAGCAAACCAGAAUUCAAUAGUCUGGUUUCCUUGGAUUUUUUGGAAUGGUAAAUUUUGAUUGCGCCGUCAGAUUUCUCACAUUCAUACUCAAGUCCCAGAAGUGAUUGAGUAAAUGUUUUUGUCGUGGUGCUUGCUAAUGCUUACUUACUUACGCCUGUUACUCCCUGUGAAGGAACAUAGACCGCUCACCAACAUUCGCCUUCCAACCCUGUCCUGGGCAAUCCUUUCCAGCUCCUUCCAGUUCCUGUUGAUGCUUUUCAUAUCUACUUCUAUUACCCGACGUAGAGUGUUCUUUGGCCUUCCUCUUUUACGCUUCCCUUCAGGAUUCUGAGUUAGGGCUUGCCUCGUG